AUGGAAAAGACCACACAGCAACUCCAUGCCUCGAGCAACAGAAAACCAAAAACAUUACAAGUAUCUUUACUUAGUGUUGCUCUUGUUCUGUUGCUCUUCUUGGCCUCUCCCGUCUGCUCCUGCAAAGAAGAGGAGAAGACCACCCUCCUUGGGUUCCUCGAUGGUCUCUCUCAGGCCUCUGCCCUCAACACUUCUUGGAAAAAUGACACAAACUGCUGUUUGUGGGAGGGUGUUACUUGCAAUGAGGAUGGGACUGUCAUGGAUGUCUCUCUGGCUUCAAGGGGCCUUGAGGGGCACAUAUCACCCUCACUUGGAAAUCUCACCAGCUUGUUGAGGCUCAACCUGUCUGGAAACUCACUCUCCGGUGGACUCCCACCAGAGCUGCUAUGGUCCAGCAGCAUCGUCGUCCUCGAUGUUAGCUUCAACAAGCUCAGUGGAGAGUUCAACAAGCUGCCAUCCACCCAUGAACUGGCAAUGAAGGUAAUCAACAUCUCAAGCAACUUUUUCACAGGAUAUUUUCCAUUUGCCACACUAGAUGGCAUGAAGAAUCUGGCGACUCUCAACAUGAGUAACAAUAGCUUUACUGGGAAAUUUCCGAGCACGGUUUGUGUUGACAAGCCAUUCUUUGUGGUGCUUGAUCUCAGUUACAACCAGUUUCAUGGUGGCAUACUCCCGGAGCUUGGCAACUGCUCUAUACUGAGAGUGCUUAAGGCUGGACAUAACCAACUCAGCGGGACACUCCCGGCUGAGCUCUUCAAUAUCACAUCAUUAGAGCACCUCUCAUUCCCUAAUAACCAUUUUCAUGGAAAACUGUAUCCUGAGCAUCUAGUCAAACUCAGCAAACUAGUUGUCCUUGAUCUUGGCGGGAAUUCGCUAAAUGGCGAGAUCCCAGAUUCAAUUGGGCAGCUCAAGAUGCUGGAGGAGCUUCACUUAGACUAUAACAACAUGUCUGGAGAGCUGCCACCAUCUCUGAGCAAUUGCUCAAAUCUCACAACCUUCAUCCUCAGGAGGAAUAACUUCCAUGGAAAACUCACAAAUGUCAACUUCUCCACCCUAUCUAAUCUAAAGAUUUUAGAUUUUAGAUUAAACAAGUUCACUGGCACAUUUCCAGAAAGCCUCUACUCUUGCAGCAACCUUGUUGCACUGCGGUUAUCUCUCAACAGACUUCACGGUCAGUUUUCGUCCAGAAUAAAGAAUUUCAAGUCACUAAAAUUCCUAGCAUUUUCCGAUAACAACUUUACAAACAUCACCAAUACACUUCAGAUGCUCAAUUCCUCUACGACCCUCUCUCCCUUAAUAAUGGGGGGAAACUUCAAGCAUGAGACCAUGCCAGACUAUGAUACAUUUUAUGGCUUUAAGAAUCUCAAGGGACUUGCCAUAAACGACUGUUCACUGUAUGGAAAUCUACCAAACUGGCUGUCCAAGCUUAAACUGUUGCAAGCGCUGCUUUUAAACAACAAUCAACUCAGUGGACCAAUCCCAGCAUGGAUUAACACCUUAAACUUCCUUUUCUACAUAGACAUGUCGAAUAACAGUCUUACAGGAGAUAUACCAGUAGCACUGAUGGAGAUGCCAAUGCUUGAGAAGGCCAAACCAGACAAAAUUUUCCCAGACACAAUUGUAUUUUGGUUGCCUGUUUAUUUUACUCCAUUUCUCCAAUACCGUACGACCAGCGGUCUCCCAAGAAUGAUCAAUCUAGGCUACAAUAAACUUACCGGUGUAAUCCCACCAGAGCUUGGUCAGUUAAAAGAACUGCUUACACUCAACCUGAGCUUCAACAACUUAUAUGGGGAGAUUCCUGAAUCAAUUGGCAACCUCAGCAAUCUACAAGUGCUAGACUUGUCAUACAACAAUCUGACCGGCGCAAUUCCUUCGACAUUGGGGAUGCUUCACUUCCUUUCCAAAUUCAACAUUUCUAACAAUGAUAUGGUAGGGCCUAUUCCAACUGGAGGCCAGUUCAGCACGUUUCCGGAUAGUAGCUUUGUUGGAAACCCAAAGUUGUGCGGCCCUACCCUGGCACACCAUUGUAGUUCAACAGAUGCAGCUGCGGUCCCCGUCGUCACCUCCACAGAACAGCAUAUUGACAAGGUCAUCUUUGCGAUUGCCUUUGGAAUAUUCUUCGGAUUAGGAGUGCUAUAUGAUCAGAUGGUUUUAUACAGAUACAUCUAUGUUGGCCCAGUCUGCUUCAACUAUAAUAGGCAACAAUAA